CAUUCGAGGCGUGGAAUAAAAAACGAAAUCGAUCCAAAUCCCAGGUGGACCACAUCACAGGAAACGGUGGUGAUUGAAUGCCACCUUUAGCUAAUCCGCGUCUGUUGUGAACGGGCUAUUUCUCGGAAGGUGGGAAAUACAAGGUGUACUUUUAUGGAAGUUUUAAUAAUUUUACACGCUUUUAUUUAAUCUUAUUUUAUAAACAUAAUGCCGUCCGCUCCAUCUCUGUCUCCUCACUUUUCCUUUCCAUUCCAGCAUUCACACACUCCAUCUAAUGGAGCUUCCGCAUAUCAGUCUAAGGGCAUUUUGGUCAUUUCUCCUUAUCUCUUCCAUGGGCGUUCCAUGCUUCUUCGGAUCUGCCGCUCAUUUCUCCAACGAAACCGAUCGCCUUGCUCUGCUUUACUUCAAACAUAUGAUAACCGACGAUCCUCUCCAUUCCAUGAGUUCUUGGAAUGAUACUCUUCACUUCUGCCACUGGAAAGGUGUCACGUGCGGUCGACGGCAUCCUGAUAGGGUCACCGCCUUGAACCUCACUGACCAGAACUUAGUGGGCCCCAUUUCUCCCUACAUUGGGAACCUUUCCUUUCUCAGGAUAAUCAAUCUCGCAAACAACAGCUUCCACGGCACGAUUCCUGAAGAGAUUGGCCGUUUGCGUCGCCUGCGGUAUCUCAGUCUCACCAAUAACACUUUCACUGGUGAAAUUUCAGCAAAUCUCACCCAUUGUUCGAAACUCGAAGCCUUUUGUCUUUAUGGGAAUCAGCUGUCAGGGAGGAUUCCAACUGAGUUCGGAUCUCUAUUGAAUCUCAGAAGAUUGGACCUUGGUCACAACAAUCUUAUAGGAAGCAUACCACCUUCACUUGGAAACCUUUCGUCUCUCACUUACCUUUAUCUCCGAAGAAAUAGUCUGAAAGGCAGCAUCCCGGAUGAACUCAGCCGGUUGAUAAUCUUGGAGCUUCUUAGCAUAAGUGAAAAUGAAGUUUCAGGUACGAUUCCGCCACUGCUAUACAAUCUCUCCUCUAUUAAGUGUUUGGACGUAGGAUGGAACAGAUUGCAAGGAAACCUUCCACCUAACAUAGGCCUCACUCUUCCUAAUCUCCAACAGCUUUAUGUCGAAGGAAAUCAAUUCACAGGACCCAUACCAGUUUCAUUAUCCAAUGCUUCAGGGCUUUUACUUAUUAAACUUGCUAACAACAGUUUUAGUGGAUCCAUGCCUAUGAAUUUUGGAAGCCUCAAGGGUCUCACCAAAUUAUAUUUGGGGGGCAAUCGAAUUGGAAUUGGAAAAGCUCAUGAUUUGAGUUUUCUUGAUUCUUUGACCAAUUGCAGUAGAUUACAAGAAUUGGAUGUAGGCGAUAAUUGUCUCAGCGGUUCAUUGCCUGAAUCCAUGGGUAAUCUUUCAACUCAGCUGAGAAUACUCUGGUUAGGGAGUAACAGGAUAUUCGGAAGCAUACCAUCUGGGAUUCAGAAUCUCGUCAGCUUAACAACACUGAGAAUGGAGUACAACUCUCUUACAGGUACUAUUCCCAUUGGUGUUGGGAAACUUAACAAAGUGAGACAACUUUCCUUGGGUGGGAAUGAAUUAUCAGGGGAAAUUCCAUCUUCCUUGGGCAAUAUCACCCAAUUGUACAUACUUGAUUUGUUUGGGAACAAUCUAUGGGGAACCGUACCUUCAAGCAUUGGAAAUUUUACAUUCUUGCAGUUUAUACACCUUGGCAAUAAUAACUUGAGCGGUACCUUACCCAGAUCACUUUUCAGCAUUCCCUCUUUGACUGAACUCCGUGUUGAAAGUAACUCCUUUACUGGCGAUCUUCCAUUCGAAGUCAGUUAUUCAAAUGCUCUUGGAAGAUUCAGUGUUUCUAAUAACAAAUUGUCAGGCGAAAUUCCAAGCCCGCUAGGCAAUUGUCUCAGCUUAGAGUAUCUCUGUUUGGAUGGGAACUUGUUCCAAGGAUCAAUUCCUCCAACAUUUACUAGUCUAAAAGGCCUUCGACUCCUGGAUCUUUCACGCAACAACUUAUCUGGAAGGAUUCUACAAGGCUUGGAAAAGUUUGUUCUAGAGUAUCUAAAUCUAUCCUUCAACAAUUUUGAGGGUGAAUUACCAAAACAAGGGGUCUUCGGAAAUAUCAGUCGAGUUUCAGUGGUGGGAAAUAGUAAGCUUUGUGGGGGUAUUCCAGGAUUACAAUUGCGUCCAUGCUCUAAACAGGGGAAGUCUCUUGCAUCGAAAGUAAAAAUCUCAAUAAUUGUUUUGGUGUGUCUAAUUUCGCUAUCAUGCUUCUUUACCACUCUUUAUUGGGUAAGAAAGUUGAGAAGGAAGCCUUGUUCUGUGCCUUCUAUGAAGAAUACUUAUAUUACCGUAUCUUAUGCGGAUCUCUUUAAAGCAACGGAUGGGUUCUCUUCUACCAAUUUGGUUGGCACAGGGAGAACUGCUGCUAUAUAUAAAGGGUCUCUAGAUGGCUACAGAUAUGUAGUAGCAGUGAAAGUCUUCAACCUCGAACGCCGAGGAGCUAUGAGGGGUUUCAUGGCCGAAUGCGAAACCAUGGGAAAUAUUAGGCAUCGGAAUAUUGUUAAGAUCUUAACAUGUUGCUCAAGCAUUGAUUUCAAGGGUAAUGAUUUUAAAGCUCUAGUUUAUGAGUACAUGCCCAAUGGAAGUCUAGACAAGUGGUUGCACAGAGAUGGCCAGGAACAGCAGCCGAGGAACUUGAACUUUCUUCAAAGGCUAAACAUAGCUAUAGAUGUGGCUUCUGCUUUGGAUUACCUAGACCAAACAUCAAUCAUUCAUCGCGAUCUAAAACCGAGCAACAUUCUUCUUGAUGAUGAUAUGGUGGCUCAUUUGGGCGAUUUCGGGCUUGCUAAGUUAUUCUCUGAGGUUGCUCAAACUAGGACGGUUGUGAUAAUGGGAUCUGCUGGGUAUAUCGCUCCAGAGUAUGCGAUGGGUGUUAAACCAUCUACACAAGGAGAUGCUUACAGCUAUGGAAUCCUUCUAUUGGAGAUGAUCACUGGAAAGCAGCCAACUGAUGAGAUGUUUAAGGACAAUCUAACGCUUCAUCAUUUUGCUAAGUUGGCUUUGCCUGAACGAAUAAUGGAGAUUGUUGAUCCACGAUUGCUAGUAGAAGAAUUUGAACUUAUGUGUGACUGCUUGAUUUUAAUGGUUAAAAUUGGUGUGUGGUGCUCCGCAGAAUCUCCAAGAGAAAGAAUGCAGAUGAGAUACGUUGUUGCAAAAAUGAAUGAAAUCAGGGACUUGUAUUCAUUGAGACUACAGGUUAGGUUGCAAACAAUAUAUGAAGCUUCGUCCUCCUUCAAUUCUUACUAAGCGAUUAUUGGUAGUUAUAUUGAGAAAGAUUUCAAAAUAAAAUGAGUUUGUUGAAUACUCCUCUAAACAAGCUCUUGAUAUAUUUAUUCUUGGCCUAAAGAGUAUAUGCUUGUAUUGAUAUUGAAUAUUUGGGAAGAUGUGUUUCUUUCCCCUUGUUUUAUCUUGUGUUAGGGAAAGGGAGAUUGUAUCAUGAAUUUAAUAAGAAAAAAGACACCAUCUUAUUAUAAUAAGAAUAAUAUUAGGUUA